AUGUCCGAGUUUCAGAAGGAAGAGCUCUCGCUCGAAGAGACCAACAAGCUUCGUAUAUCUCUCGGUCUUAAGCCUCUUGUUGCCGACGAUGCUCCAGCUACCUCCUCGCGUGGCACGUUGAGCUCGGCACUGGACGCCCCAUCAAAGCUAGACGGCGAUGCGCUCGCUGCUAAGAACUUUCAGGACAAGCAAGACCGCGAACGCCGCCAGUGGGAAGAUGCUGAGGUCAAGGAACGUCUAGCCAAGGCACAAGCCAAACGCGAUGUCGCACGCCGCCUCAAGGGCCCAACGCUCGCCGAUCUGGAUGUGGACAGCACCGCAUCGGCAUCGGCAGCUGGUUCUUCGUCAAAAGAUACGCUUGCAUGGAUCAAGGAGUCCAAGAAGCGAGCCAAAGAGCAUGCUGCACGCAGAGCCAAAGAGCUGGAAGAGCAGGAAGCCAGACAACAGGCCGAGUACCGCGAGACGGAUCUUGUUGGUCUUCGCGUUGGCCAUAAUGCCGACGAGUUUGAGGAGGGCGAGGAACGCAUUCUCACGCUCAGAGAUGCAGGCGUACUCGACGAGGCAGAUGACGAGCUUAUGGAUGCAGCCCUGGAUCAGGCCGAACGCGACGCCAAACAUCUACAGCGUAAGCAGGGCGCAAAGGAGUAUACUGGCUUAGAUGACGAAGAGGCUUUGACAGGACGGAAGCGUGGUGUUUUGGCAAAAUACGACGCCGAUCUGCCAGACGCCAACCUUGCAUCCUCUGCAGACGCUGGCUUCCGUCUUGGCGAGAGUCUCUCUAUUGCUGAUCGUCAAGCCCGACUUCGACAGGAAGCCGAACAAGCAGCCAAGCUCGCCAACAAGCAGCUUCUGUCGCUCGAUUACGACAAGAACCAAGAGGUGUCUGACUACUUGCAGGAAGGCGACGUUGGUGUCAAGAAGCCAAAGACCAAGAAGCGCAAAAAGGCAGCCAAAGUCAAGAUCAACUUCGACGACGAUGAUGAGGCUGCUAAUCCAGGCGCUUUCAACGUCCCGGUAAUGGCGGCUGAUCAGCGCACAAGCGAUCUCGCUGUCGAGAUGCAAGAUACAAAAGCGCCGGUGAAGCGAAUUCGGGCUCAGCAGACGGACAACUUUGUCGAUGACGAUGAGCUGCAAGCUUCGCUCGCAAAGACGCGCCGUAUUAAAGCAAAACGGACAUUGAACAAGAUGACCCCGGAAAUGAUUGCAAAAAACUUGGCUGAGCAGCGAGCCGCGGAAGAGGCAGAGCGCGCUUCUGGCGUAGCCACCGCCAUCGCUGCCAAUGGUGCAACGACAGCGCUCGUUAACGCGGAAAGAGAAAGCGAACAAGACGGCCUCACCUUUGACGAGACGAGCGAGUUCGUCCGUGCGAUUCGAGAACGACCAGCAGAGAGCGACGUGCCUCGAAGGCGUCGUUCAAUCAAGCAGGAAUCGCCGGACGCCGAGCUCAGCGCGGACACUCAGAUCCAGAAACAGAGUUUGGUUGAUGCUGCAGAUGUACCGAUGAGCGAGUUGGACGCUCCAGCAGUCAAAGUCGAGCUAGACGAGAAUGGUGCUUUGGAGCUUGUCAAGGACGAGUUGGAGGAAGGCGAGGCCGAAGAGCGCCAAGCCGAGCAACACGAGCCCGUCAUCGGUCGGGGCAUGGCGGGAGCCGUCUCUUUCUUACGACAACAAGGUAUGCUUCCCCAGCUUGAUCCUGAACUCAAGACACGCGAGGAGCAACAACGCAAAUACGACGCCUGGCUUUCCGCUCGUCGUCGCGAAGAACAGGAGCGAGAGCUGGCGCGCCAAGCGUCCAAGGCCUCGGGAUCGUCUGUGGACCAAGCGACGCGCGAAGCGCAGAACCGUAAUCGCGAGAUGGAAGAAGCACGUUUGGCGCAAGAUCGUUUCCGCGACUACAAGCCCGAUGUCGAGAUCAAGUACCACGAUGAGUUCGGACGCGACCUGGAUCAGAAGGAAGCCUGGAAGCAUCUUUCACACGUUUUCCACGGCAAAAAGCCAGGUACGAAAAAGAUGGAGAAGAGGCUCAAGAAGAUCGAGGACGAGCAAAAGAGGGAGAGGAUGGCGGCGGGAGAUACGCCCACAGGAAUGUUGGCGGCGUUCCAGAAGAGGAGCGAGCGUACAGGGAAAGCGCAUAUGGUCCUCAGCGUCGGUAGCCGUGGAGCUGCUCCUCAGGAGAAUGAUCUGCUUGAUGGAAAGGGAAUGCAGUUGAAGAAGCCGAUUCGUGCAGCGACCGCUCAAAGCGGCAAAGACAAGAACGUAGACGGUGGCGAGCUGCUGUCUCCUCUGUCCACGACCGGGUUUGAUUCGAGUGGCGCCCCGAGCGUGACGGCGAAUGCAGAGGCGGGUGCCAGCACGACAAAGACGGGUGGUGGAUGGGCACGCAUUGGCAGUGCAACGCCGGCACCGUUGAGCGGUACAACUGCCGGAUUCAAGCCAGUGACAGCCUCUGGCUUCACGAGUGUCUCACGAGCUACGCCGACAGUAGCAGCAGAGGUAACGCACACACCUCAAGAUGCGAGCACGCCUACCGGUGCGCCUUUCCGUCUCGCGUUUAGCGGCGUCAAACGGAAAGCCGAAGGUCAGUGA